CAGCCGCGCCCACCCGUCGCCAUGGAGCUACCUCCAGGGCCGCGCGACGAUCCCCACACCUGGGACGAUGACUCGGACCCGGAGCUGGAGCCUGACCCCGACGCGCAGGCCGAGGCUUACGUGGCCCGUGUGCUCAGUCCUCCGAAACUCGGGCUGGCACCUCCACGCGCCCCUCCUUUGCCCGCGCCUACGGUGUCCCUUGGCCCUCUGGAACCGCGGGCCGCGUCCAAGGGCUCGACUGUGGCGGUUCCGGGCCUGCUGAGCCUACCCCCGGAGCUGCUUCUCGAGAUCUGCGCCUACCUCGACGCGCGCCUCGUGCUCCAUGUCCUGCCACGCGUUUGCCACGCGCUGCGCGACCUCGUGCGUGACCGUGUCACCUGGAGGCUACGCGCGCAGCGCCGCGUACGGGCGCCCUACCCAGUGGUGGAAGAGGAGGACUUUGACUGGCCGACAGCCUGCAUUGAGUUGGAGCAGCACCUCUCGCGCUGGGCAGAGGAUGGGCGCAGGGCUGAGUACUUCUGCCUGGCCGAUGGGCACUUUGCUUCCAUUGACUCGGUGCUGCUGCUUCAGGGUGGAACACUCUGCCUGUCUGGCUCCCGAGACCGUAAUGUCAACCUGUGGGACCUGCAGCAGCUGGGGGUGGAGCCCAGCCGGGUUCUGGUCAAGACCCUGGGGACCCAGAAGAAUAGCACUCACAAGGGCUGGGUGUGGUCACUGGCAGCGCUGGACCACCGAGUGUGCUCCGGUUCCUGGGACAGCACAGUGAAGCUCUGGGACAUGGCGGCUGACGGGCAGCAGUUUGGCGAGAUAAAGGGCAAGGCAGCUGUUCUGUGCCUGUCCUACCGGCCAGAUAUCCUGGUGACUGGCACCUACGACAAGAAGGUGACCGUCUAUGAUCCCAGAGUUGGUCCAGCCCUGCUGAAGAGCCGGCGGCUGCACUCCAGCGCCGUGCUGGCACUGCUGGCAGACGACCGGCACAUCAUCUCAGGCAGCGAGGACCACACGCUCGUGGUGUUCGACCGCCGGGCCAACAGCGUCCUGCAGCGGCUGCAGCUGGACUCCUACCUGCUCUGCAUGUCCUACCAGGAACCUCAGCUCUGGGCCGGCGAUAACCAGGGCCUACUGCACGUCUUUGCCAACCGCAGUGGCUGCUUCCAGCUUGUCCGGUCCUUUGACGUGGGCCACAGGUCUCAGAUCACGGGGAUCAAGCACUCCCUGGGGACCCUGUACACCACGUCCACCGACAAGACCAUCCGGGUACACGUGCCCACAGAUCCACCAAGGACCAUCUGCACUCGAAGCCACCACAAUGUGCUGAAUGGGAUCUGUGCCGAGGGCAACCUGGUGGUGGCCGCCUCCGGGGGCCUGUCGCUGGAGGUCUGGAGGCUGCAGGCCUGAGCAGGUGGAUAUGGAUGUGUGUCUGCCUGCCGGCAGGCGGGGCCAUGACCUCUGUUCUCGGGGGCGGGGACCUUCCCCCAUGCUGGUGCUGUCUCUGCUCUGCCCCACAAGCCUAUGGGACAAGAGGUCCUGGCCAUGGCCGUGUGGGGUCCCUGGGCUGGGCCCCACGCCAGGGGAGGUGAGCUAUGUGUUCCAGCCCACACAAGGGGGGCGGGUCCCCACCCUCAGGCUCUGUUUUUGUUAUGAUUUGGAUGCUGGCUCUGCCGUGAGAGCAAAGGAGAAAUAAACCUG